AUGUUAAAAGUGGUGCCCAGCUCCCUCCAUCUCUUGAUAUUCAAACUCUCACAAUGUGUUGUUGUUGCAGGCUCUGCAGGAGAUAAUCAACCUGUUGUCGGAGCCUCUGGAUGGUCAUCAUUUGGAUCACGCCAGUUCAAAUUCUUCACCAUCCAAAACACGUGGGAGCAGGCUGAGAGCACCUGUAAGCAGUUCGACGCUCAUCUGGCUUCAGUGCACAAUAAGAAUGAAAACAAUUUCAUUAUGAGUCUGAUUCACACUCAGGCUGAUGGAGUGUGGCUCGGAGGCCACACUGACGGAGAUUCCGGUAUCUGGUUUUGGACUGAUUUCUCUGAUUUUGACCACACUAACUGGAGCCCAGGUGAGCCGAACGGCUCCGGAAAGUGUCUGAAGAUCUACAACAACGGUCUCUGGGAUGAUUUUCAUUGUGACAGGCAGCUCAAUUUUGUCUGUGCCAGAUGAAUCAGGAAAGGUGGUUUGGAAGGCUAAACUGACCUGACCUGUUCCUUCCAGUACCCUUCUGCAUGUAUCAGAAAUCACUUAUAAUAAUCAACUCUUCAGCUCUGAGAGCCCCAGAUAUUAAACAUAAAAGAUUAUUAUGAUCAUGUGUUUCAGUUUCUGUGUUUGAUCUAAAAGCAAAGAUCCAGUAACACUACAUCACUGUAAUCUGUGUGUACAAGGGGCUGUGAUUGAUUUCAAAUAAAAUUCAGCAUUGCAUAA